AUGGCGGCGGUAGCGAGGUGGUGGCGGGUUGGGCUCCCGGGGUUGCUCGUGCUGCUGCUGCGCGGGGCGCGCGCCGAGCAGACUGAGGAGCACCUGAAACGGGAGCACUCGCUCACCAAACCCUACCAGGGUGUUGGAUCUUCCAGCUCCUCUCUCUGGGACCUUAUGGGCAAUGCCAUGGUCACGACUCAGUACGUCCGCCUCACACCAGACAUGCAGAGCAAACAGGGGGCCGUGUGGAACAGAGUGCCUUGUUACCUCAGAGACUGGGAGAUGCAGGUCCAUUUUAAAAUCCACGGGCAAGGCAAGAAGAACCUGAAUGGGGACGGCUUUGCCAUCUGGUACACCAAGGAUCGCAUGCAGCCAGGGCCCGUGUUUGGGAGCAAGGAUCACUUUCUGGGGCUGGGGGUGUUUGUAGACACCUACCCCAAUGAGGAGAAGCAGCAGGAGGCUCAGAAGAGGCGGUAUGCCCCUGGAAAUCAGCGCGUGUUCCCCUACAUUUCUGCCAUGGUGAACAAUGGCUCUCUCACCUAUGACCAUGACCGGGACGGACGGCCCACUGAGCUCGGCGGCUGCACGGCCAUGGUGCGCAACCUGAACCACGACACCUUCCUGGUGAUCCGCUAUGUCAAAAGGAGGCUGACUAUCAUGAUUGACAUUGAUGGCAAGCACGAGUGGCGGGACUGUAUUGACAUGCCGGGGGUCCACCUGCCACGGGGAUACUUCUUUGGGACCUCUUCAGUCACUGGAGACCUCUCAGAUAACCACGACAUAAUUUCCCUGAAACUCUACCAGUUGACGGUUGAGCGGAGCCCAGAGGAGGAGAAGCGGGAUAAAGAGGUGUUUCUGCCCGUUGUGGACAACAUGAAACUGCCCGGAGUGGAGGCCCCACUGGAACCCAUGAGCGGCCUGGCCCUGUUUUUAAUUGUAUUCUUCUCGCUGGUCGCCCUGGUGUUUGCCAUCGUCAUCGGAGUCAUUGUCUACAACAAAUGGCAGGAACAGAGCCGGAAACGCUUCUACUGACCUUGACGCCUGCCCUGCCCCUUCCCUCGGCAGCCCAGCCGCUCUGCUGGAGUGGGCUGGCACAGGUGCUAGAGGCUAGCUGAAGAGAAGCCCUUGCCUGCUCAGCCCAGACUUUCAAGAGCCCCUUCAGGUGGCUGCUACUUUGCUGGCCCCCAUGGGGACCGCUGCUGUGUCUCUUCGAGCUCUGGGGUUCCCAGCGGGAGCGCACAUCCUGGAUCACAUGGGGAGCACUUUGUGUGACACGUAGUGCAUCAGGGAGACCUAACCCCCCGACUCCGGAGGUUGGUGCAGUGACAGAUGGGCCGUCCCCCAGCAGCUCUUGCUUUGCAAGGUGUGUAGAGGACGCUUGGGGCGGGCGGAGCUGAAUGUUGUAUUGUUUCCGUGUUGGUGAGCCUUACAUGUGCUAUCUGGGGAUGUCCCACAGCCUAGCUAGGAGGCCAGGCACUGAAGACUGUAAAAUCCUAGAAAAGCCCCUUUGGCUUAAGGGUGAAACUUGGCCAAACAAAAUGCUUCUUGUUGAGAAGAGUAGUGCUGUCCCCUCCCUGGCCCCUGCCGGACAUGAGC